AUGGCACCUGGAGGUGGAGUUUGCGAAGAGGUGAUUGAAUCCCGACCAAAAUUCAUGAAUUACGAAAUAUCUAUGGCCAAGGCAGAUAAAAAUAAUUCUCUGGUAAAAAGUACAGCUGGUUCAGGUGAAAAACACGGCAUGCCGUCAAGAAAUGGCGUGCAUGACCUUCUUGAGUGUCCUGAGUGCACAAGUUUAAUGUAUCCUCCUAUUCACCAGUGUCCAAAUGGUCACACACUAUGUACAAACUGCAAAAGAGUGCAUAAACGUUGCCCGACUUGCCAAUUUGAACUCGGGAACAUAAGGUGUUUGGCUUUGGAGAAAGUGGCUGAGUCAUUGGAGCUUCCCUGCAGAUAUCAAAGUCUUGGAUGUCAUGAUAUAUUUCCAUACUACGGCAAGCUUAAACACGAACAACAUUGUCGAUUUCGGCCUUAUAACUGUCCAUAUGCAAGCUGUGAAUGCUCUGUAACAGGCGACAUUCCAGCGCUCGUUGCUCAUCUUAAGGAGGACCACAUGGUGGACAUGCAUGAUGGAUCCACCUUUAAUCAUCGAUAUGUCAAAUCAAAUCCACAUGAAGUCGAAAAUGCAAUGUGGAUGCUAACUGUAUUUAACUGUUUUGGAAGACAGUUCUGUUUGCACUUUGAGGCAUUUUCACUUGGUAUGGCACCAGUCUACAUGGCCUUCCUUCGUUUUAUGGGUGAGGACAAUGACGCAAAGAAGUUCAACUACACUUUGGAAGUCAGUGCUUUUGGACGUAAACUAGUAUGGCAAGGAGUUCCGCGAAGCAUACGUGAUAGUCAUAUAAAAGUUCGUGAUAGUCAAGACGGACUCAUAAUUCCUAGGAAUUUGGCUCUCUUCUUCUCUGGUGGGGAUAGGCAAGAACUUAAGUUGAGGAUUACAGGUCGUAUAUGGAAAGUGUAA